CGUGGCCCCAUAGGGAGCUCCACCGAAGGCUCCAGUGGCACUCCGUAGCCAUUUUGGCUCAAGCCGUUCCCUUUCUGCUCGCUCUCGUUUUGGGCCCCGCGGGAGGCUGCAGAGUUCGGACGCUUGGGGAGAUGGCUACGGUCGGCUGCCAAGCUGCCCUGUGGCGGCCGAGCAGCCUCGGCAGGCGGGGGGAGCCGCGGCUUCUCUCUGGCCUGCGCGCCGCGCCCGCCAGAACGCGGCGCGCAGUGCUGCCCACGGGAAGCUGGAGGCUGCCCUGGCGAGGGUCGCCGCGCUCGAGGCCGAGCUCGCCAACUGCCGCGCGGUGCGCGAGGAGGCGGCGGUGCAGGCCGUGCGGCUCGCGGCUCCUCCGCCCAGCAGCCAGCAGGUCCCCGACGACGUCCUGGUCCAGGAGCUUGCGUCGCGGCUGGCCCUGGCCGUGCCUGUGCUGAUGGACAUGCUUGCUAACCGCCGUGCGGCGGCUGUUGGCGCCUCUGUCCUUCGCGCUGCCCCCGCCGCGCCGCCCCCCUGUGGCGGCUGCUUCGGGACGCAGUGUGGCACUUCUUUCGGCGCGGACGUCUGCGACGAGCUUGCAUCGUCGCCAACUGUUGAUGGGGCCACUUCCUCGGGAGCAUGCAGGCGUGCGCCGCCGCUGGCCGGCGCCAGGCGGAAUGCUGGCAUGCAUUGCACUUCGCGGAGGGGCGCAUCAAUUGCGAGGAUGAGGAUGGCUUCGCUCAAUCGGCUGCAGCGCAGUGGUCCUGAUUGUCGGCCUCGGCACGGACGCGGCGCUGGUGGUCGUGGUCGCGCUGCUCUUCCUCAACUUCGCCCUGCAGGUGCGGUGGCUCCACACCGCCGCGUGCCUGCCCAGCGCUCGGCGGCCGAGGGCGUGGCAACGGGCUGGCGCGUGGCUCGCAGGCGCGGGCGCAGCCUGCCCGCUGGCGCAAGCUUCGCCCUCGCCGAGCGAUUGCGCAGCGCGGGCCCUCCCACUGCGGCCCCUCUGGCUUCUGGGCCGCUGUGGUGGCACGCUGGCGUCGAGGGCUUGGAUGACACGGUCUUGGCUAGGCCUGAGAGCGGCGGCGGCUUCGGCGCGCACAUUGACCCUCGGCCUUCUGAAGAUGGUGCUGUUCAGCCUCCUCGCCUUCCUGGUCCUGGUACGGCGUGCAGCACUGCCUGCGCGUCCUCUCCACCUGCCUUCGCGGACCCUUCGAUCGUCGCGGCGUACUUGCUGGCCAACGAGGCUGCCGUCCUCAGCGGUGGCAGUGGGGCGGCCGAUGGCGGCCUCGACGGCGUGAUCGGCAUGCAGGUGGACGACUCCCGCAACCAGGACGGGAAUUGCACUUCGCCUCCGGCCUCGGGCGCUCCCCUCACGGGCAGCGGCGGCGGCCUCGCGGCGGCGGCCAGCGAGGUAGGGGGCAGUGCUGUGGAGGCGGCGCCGCGCGGACCCAGGCGGCUCCUGGCGCUGAGCUCCCACGUUUUCGCUGGCACAGUGGCCCUCACUGUCGACCGCGAUAUCCGGAGGACGGGGUGGCAGGAAGCCGGUGGCGAGGCCGCCCCUCCUGCGCCCUCGGCCGCAGAGAUUGCCGAAGGCCGCCAGUGGCUUCGCUCGCAGUUCGGCCCUGGGUCCCCGUGGCGGGCUUGGGCGAGCAAGGAGCGGCGUCGGCGCUGCAUCUCCUGAGCGGGCCUGCGAGCGCGGUGCUUUCUGUUGCAGGCUCUCGGCCCUCGGUGUCCCAGCAGUUGCACGUGCGCUUGCGGCGGCCAGCUCCUCUGGCCUGUCCUCAGUGCCAGCUUUGGCGGCGACGCUCCUCGAGCUGCUGCCUCUCCGCCUCGUCUGUUCGUCUGGAGGCGCCUCGCGGGCCGAGCAGUGCUCGUCGAGGGUUUGACGGCGCACACCCACGUGGCGUGGCGAGUGUGCUGCUACAUGGAGGCCGCUGUUUGCGGAGCCUCCUGGCCGCAUUUUGCGGCUCUCGCCUUCUUGGCGGCAGGAUCGGCUCGUGCUGCACGGGCUGCCUUGGUUAUAAAAAAGGCUCCAGUGGCACAGGCCGCAUGCGUCAACGCCACCAAGGACAGCGCUUCGUGGCCCCACGGGGAGCUCCACCGAAGGCUCCAGUGGC